ACGACAGUCAUUUUAAAAAAGGCUCUUUCUUAGCAGCAGUCGAGUCUUACGGCGGUCUACUAACGACACACAAAUGUCUGAAAUGGAGAAGCUGUGCAAACUCUUCGUUGGCGGUUUGAACGUCCAAACGACUAAUGAAGGUCUCCGCUCAUAUUUUGAGCAAUUCGGCAACCUGACGGACUGCGUGGUGGUCCAGAACGAUCAGCUCCAACGAUCCCGUUGUUUCGGCUUCGUAACGUACUCCGCCUCGGAGGAGGCUGAUGCAGCAAUGGCCGCCAGGCCACAUGUGGUAGACGGUAAAAACGUGGAGGUGAAGAGAGCCGUGGCUCGAGAAGACGCCGGGAGGCCCGAAGCUCUCGCCAAAGUCAAGAAGAUAUUCGUCGGUGGCCUAAAAGACGACAUCGAAGAAAAAGACCUGACCGAGUUUUUCUCGCAGUUCGGCAUGAUCGAGAAAUCCGAAGUCAUCACCGACAAAGACACCGGCAAGAAGCGUGGCUUCGGCUUUGUCCACUUCGAAGACAACGACUCUGCGGACAAAGCCGUCGUGCUCAAGUUCCACAUGAUCAACGGACACAAGGUGGAGGUGAAGAAAGCGCUCACGAAACAAGAGAUUCAGGCUGCCGGCGGAGCCCGCGGUGGCAGAGGGAGAGGCGGAGGAAGAGGCAUGGGCCGCAAUCAAAAUGGCUUCGGCGGCGGUAGAGGAGGAGGCUACGGCGGCUACGGGGGCGGCUAUGGCGGAGGAUACGGCGGAAACGAUGGCGGCUACGGCGGUAGCUAUGGAAGCGGAGGCUACGGUGGCGGUUACGGAGGCGGAUACGGAGGAGGCUACGGUGAGCAGAUGGGGGGCUAUGGCGGUGGAAACGGUUACAGUGACUUUGGCAGCGGAUACGGCCAGCAGUCGUCCGGCUACGGUCCCAUGAAGGGUGGAAACACAUACGGCGGCAGGAGCGGAGCCCCCUACCCCCGUGGUGGUGGCGGCGGGCCUGGUUACGGCAGGGGUGGUUAUGGAGGCUACUAAAGCAGGUUGGGAAAGACUCUGAAGCUGCUCCCCUCCCCCAGGUUCUCUCGGUUUCCACAUUGGGCUCAUUCACCCGGCCAUGCAAGAGAUGGCGGACACUGUGAAAGCAUACCUAAAAGACCUCAAUUCUUAACAGGUGACCUUGAAUGCAGGACUCAACUGUGGCCAUGGAGUUUUCUACAUGAUCCACAAUAGACUGAUGAAGCCGAAAUAAACUACGUUUUCUGUGAAAAUGUAUAUAUUUUAACAAAAAAUGUGUUUUU